AUGGCAACAAGAAGAAGCGCCGCCGCCGCGACCAGCGACGAGACGGCGAUGACAACAACUCCAUCAUCACCAAAGCAGGUGGAGCGACCUCCGCCAUCAUUUCGCGAUAUGGUCCCCCACAAGGCAAAAUACCCUCUCGCGAUCGCGACAAGCUUCGCGAUGGCGUCAUUGGGAUACAGCUUGCUGAGUGAGCUCACCAACGCCGAGCUCGCUGGCCUCAGUAGAACCCAGGAGACAUGGGAAGAGGUUGCCCUCUUAGCAGGCUGGAGAAUUGUUGAGUUGACGAUAGGAUGGUAUGCACAGUUGGAUGGCCUCGACGUGGCGAUGCUGGAUCUGCUAUCCCACGGCCCUCACUUCUACCUACUCACAACUUUCUACGGCCUCAACUGGACCACGGCGGCCUCAGCGCUUGCUGUUGAUAUCUUCUCAGUCGCCGUGCCCUUUUACCUACUUCGCCCGCUCUCUCCCACCCAUACAUCUUCAGCUGCCGCCGCUGCCGGUUUGCCCAACCGCGAGCUCCUCGACCUUCCACUUCAGUCAUACACGGCCGCUAUGUCAACAGGCAUCUACACAGUUGUCCUCGUUCUGGCGCUGCGUUUCGUCCUGCCUCGCAUCUUGGUCGUCAACUACUCAGGAGUAGACACUCUCGAGCCUGCAUACAAUGCUUCAUACGCUGCCAUUCUCCCGGUGACAACCCUUUUCGGUAUCGCCGCCAGCACUUUUAUCUUUGCGCCUUUCGCGACCACGGCACGUGCUAAAGAGGAUGACAAGAUCAACGAGUUUGACCCUGUGGCUGCAUCUCUCGGAGAGACCGUCCGGUGGAACGUGUGGGGUUACACUGUCAAGACCAAGGUGGUUAUUCGUCGAACAGUUUUGGUUGCUUUUGUCGCUGCGGUCAACACUUUCCUUGCCUCUUACAAGACCAUGUAUCGGGUUGAUGCCAUUGGAGCCGCUGCAUAUGCGGGCGUCUGGACAUUCGCCGCCGUCUGCAGUGGCAUUGGCCUUGGUUUUGUUGGCGGAGAUUAAAUGACCAGUAGUGCCAUGUUCUGGAAGCUGAGAUCAGCCUCUUGUACAGGGUCUUGUACAGGGUCUUGUACAGGGUAUGUUGGGGGCCAAAGAAGAGGAUGUUGAUAGCAUCCUUGUUUCUACAUUGGCAGAUGAGGAGAUGGAUGGAUGGAUACCCCAGUUUUCCUAUAUCGAUCGGAGUCAGAAGGAUUUAGUGUAGCCACUUGGCGAUGCUGUUGAGAUUGCCAUUGAGUGUGGCUAUGUUUUUUGUUUAUAUUGUUUUCUCUGUUAUAUUAUGCUAGGUUUGUUUUGAUAAUGUAUGAA